AUGUCUCUUACAACCGGUCCUGUAAUGGAGACCACCCUCCUCCAAGACGCAAGAAGCGAAGAUAUGGACGACGCCAGCUCAUCAGCAGCCUUCGAGCCUUCUUACCGGAUGGAGGGUCCCCAGCGGAAAUUUCGCGAGCUACUCGUCGGUCGCCUCAUCGAGGGCAUCCUCUCAACCUACCUUGAGGAGGAGACCUACGACCCCGUACGAUGCAAGCAGCUCUCCCAGGACAUAGCGGGGACGAUCAACCAGAGAGUCCGUGAACUUCACUUCCCGAGGUAUAAGUUGGUAUCGUUGGUGAGCAUCGGGAGCGUGAAGGAGAAACCGGGCACUCACCUCGGGAGCCGGUGUCUAUGGGACGAUCGGACGGACUCGUCGGCUACGGUGAACUACACCAAUGGAUCGCUGUAUGCUGUGGCUAUGGUUUACGGAUUGUACUUUUCUUGA